AUGUAUUCAGCCGCAAAACUUUGGUGCCAACCAUGGUUUGAUGAUCUUCCAGCCGGGCCUGCAUUGUCUGAGCUGGUAGAUCUGAACUCGCGAGCCACAGUCCAAUUCCACUCAUUCUCGCUCUCAUCAGGUUCCCGUCCAUUUUUUUUGAUGAAGGCUCUUCGCUUGGACGACACCCACGAGUACGCCCGGAGCCUGGAGGACCUUCGUCGCAGACUUGUCCUGCGCUCGAUGGUGUACGAGACGCCGAAGAGUAGGGAAGACCGCGCCCGCCAGAUAGUCGAACAUGUGCUGUCGAUUAUUCCCUCAGAACAGGUACAUUUUAAUGUCUAUUUUUCGUAUUUUAAGUAA